AAUGGGGAACGUCUGUGGAUGCGUAAGGGCUGAAAAGGAAGAACAGUGUUUAGAUCCUGCCAAAGCUCCCUUAAGUCCAGCUAAACAUUCCCCUGGAAGAAAAUAUUUCAGAAGAAAAUCAAGAAAGAAAUCAGCUGACGAGAGACCAGAUUCCUUACCAGCUAAAGAAAAUGAAGAAAAAAGCCAAUAUGAAGUGGGAAUUUCAGAAAACAUUGAAGUUCUCCCAAAGAGUAUGGAAUUGGCUUGUUCCUUCCCCCAGAGCGUAACGGUGGAUGGUAACACUCUGCCCAGGAGUACAGACCUGUUGGCUGAUCUUGUUAAAGCAGAAGUUUUACUGAGUGAAACCAACAGUGAUUCUCGCUGUCAGGACAGUUUUCCCGGUGAUAAGCAAAGGCUCACCAAGUCUGCUGAAACAGAGGCACGGUUAAAUGAACAAGACAAGAGGAGUUCAGAGAGGAGCUAUACUUGGAAGAGGAAAUAUUCAGAUGAAUACAACACAAGAGAAUUAGCAUUUCAGAAGAGAGCAAGUGGUCUUUGUUAUGGAAAAGCUGCUAGCUUGGAUUCUGCCAUCCACCUUUUAGGCAAACAGCACAAAGAAACAGGGUUAAACAAAACUUAUGGCAGAGUUGUUAAAGAUUCUUUAGAAAGCAAUAAAUCUGAAAAGUUGCAUCAGUUGCUUUCUAAGAGAAAAAGUUAUCCACCGCUUGAACAAAAGAGAUUUUAUUCUUCUGAUGAUGUGUUUUCCCAUUUGCCAAAAGAAAAAAUGCAGUCUAUAGCAUUCCACCAAACAGGAGCAAGAUAUCUGAUAUCCAUGUUACUGGAGAGUCAGAGGACAUGUCUGCUAAAGAGAGAUUGCUCCUGUGGUCACAGCAGACAACUGAGGGUUAUGCUGGAAUCCGUUGUGAAAAUUUCACUACCUGCUGGCGUGAUGGAAGAUUAUUUAAUGCCAUCAUUCAUAAAUACAGGCCGGACCUGAUAGACAUGAAUACCGUUGCUGUUCAAAGCAACCUUGCAAAUUUAGAACAUGCUUUUUUUGUAGCAGAAAAACUUGGUGUUGCCAGACUUCUGGAUCCUGAAGAUGUUGAUGUUUCCUCACCUGAUGAGAAAUCAGUAAUAACUUAUGUGUCAUCACUUUAUGAUGCAUUUCCCAAAGUACCAGAAGGUGGUGAAGGCAUCAGUGCAAAUGAUGUUGAAGUCAAAUGGGUUGAAUAUCAGAAUAUGGUGAACUACCUCAUGCAGUGGAUCAGGCACCAUGUCACAAUAAUGUCUGACAGAACAUUUCCCAACAAUCCUGUGGAGCUGAAGGCACUUUAUAAUCAAUAUUUACAGUUUAAAGAAACAGAAAUUCCACCUAAGGAGACAGAUAAAUUGAAAAUUAAACGUCUAUAUAAACUGCUGGAGGUCUGGAUAGAAUUUGGACGCAUCAAACUUCCUCAAGGCUAUCAUCCAAAUGAUAUAGAAAAAGAAUGGGGAAAGCUUAUUAUUGCCAUGCUGGAAAGAGAGAAGACUCUUCGGCCUGAAGUGGAGAGGUUGGAAAUGCUGCAGCAGAUUGCAAACAGAAUUCAGCGGGACAGCCGAAGCUGUGAGGACAAACUGAUACUUGCCCGGAAUGCUCUGCAGGCUGACACCAAACGUCUAGAGUCGGGGCUUCAGUUUCAGCAUGAAGCAGAAAUAGCUGGGUAUCUUCUUGAAUCUGAGAACCUUCUCCGCCAGCAAGUGAUUGAUGCCCAAAUUCUUAUUGAUGGAAAGUACUAUCAGGCAGACCAGCUUGUACAGAGGGUUGCAAAACUUCGUGAUGAACUGAUGGCCAUACGAACCGAAUGUUCUUCUCUAUACAGCAAGGGACAUGCACUGACAACAGAACAGACAAAGCUGAUGAUAUCAGGAAUAACUGAAAGCUUAAACUCAGGAUUUACAACAAACCUAACUCCUGAAUUAAGUGCUGCAAUGACUCAAGGUUUAACACCUAGUUUGACUUCUUCCAGUUUGACAUCUGGCCUCUCAUCAGGUCUUACUUCCAGGUUGACACCAGCCAUGACUCCUGCUUACACACCAGGCAUCCCACCGCGGUUAAUUCAGAGCUAUGUAACAGGAGUAGAUGGUGGAACUCUGCAAACACUCAAACUUAUGCAAAUCAGAAAACCUCUUAUGAAAUCAGCUUUUGUGGAUCAGAAUUUAACAGAAGAAGAAGUGAACAUGAAAUUUGUCCAGGACCUAUUGAACUGGGUGGAAGAAAUGCAGGUGCAACUAGAUCGAGUGGAAUGGGGUUCAGAUUUACCAAGUGUUGAAAGCCAUUUAGAAAAUCACAAAAAUGUGCACAAAGCUAUAGAAGAGUUUGAAUCCAGCCUUAAAGAAGCGAAAAUCAGUGAGAUCCAAAUGACUGCCCCUCUGAAACACAGUUAUGCGGAAAAGUUGCAUAAACUGGAAAGUCAGUAUUCAAAACUCUUGAACACAUCAAGAAAUCAGGAAAGGCAUCUAGAUACUCUUCACGAUUUUGUGUCUCGUGCUACUAGAGAGCUGAUAUGGCUGAAUGAAAAAGAAGAGGAGGAGGUUGCAUAUGAUUGGAGUGAAAGAAACCCCAAUAUAACAAGAAAAAAAGAAUACCAUGCAGAAUUGAUGAGAGAACUUGAUCAAAAAGAAGAAGUUAUUAAAUCAGUACAAGAAAUAGCUGAGCAAUUGCUUCUUGAAAAUCACCCAGCCAGGCUAACCAUUGAGGCCUACAGAGCUGCAAUGCAGACACAGUGGAGCUGGAUUCUUCAGCUCUGUCACUGUGUUGAACAACAUUUGAGAGAAAAUGCUGCAUAUUUUGAGUUUUUCAGUGAUGCCAAAGAGGCCAUGGAGUAUUUAAAGAAUUUGAAAGAUGCCAUAUACCGAAAAUACAGUUGUGACAGAUCAAGCAGCCUUCAUAGGCUGGAAGACCUUGUCCAGGAGUCUAUGGAAGAAAAGGAGCAACUCCUGCAGUAUAAGAGCACAGUAGCAGGCCUUGUGGGGAGAGCAAAGGCGAUAAUUCAGCUGAAGCCAAGGAACCCUGACUGUAUACUAAAAACUUCCAUCCCAAUUAAAGCCAUCUGUGACUACAGACAAAUUGAGAUAACUAUUUACAAGGAUGAUGAAUGUAUAUUAGCAAACAACUCCCAUCGUGCUAAAUGGAAAGUCAUUAGCCCAAGUGGUAAUGAGGCCAUGGUUCCAUCUGUAUGCUUUACAGUUCCUCCACCAAACAAGGAAGCAAUAGAUACAGCCAACAGGAUUGAACAGCAGUUUCAGAACGUUUUGGCCCUUUGGCAUGAGUCACAUGUAAACAUGAAGAGUGUGGUUUCCUGGCAUUACCUAACAAAUGAAAUUGAAGCAGUUAGAGCUGGCAAUGUUGCCUCGAUAAAAACAAUGCUGCCAGGUGAACAUCAGCAGGUUCUGAGCAAUUUGCAGUCCCGCUUCGAUGAUUUUGUGGAAGAUAGCCAGGAGUCCAAAAUCUUUACAAGCUCUGAUACUACACAACUGGAAAGGGAAGUUAGUAUUUGCAAGCAAUACUAUCAAGAGCUUCUGAAGUCUGCAGAAAGAGAGGAGCAUGAAGAAUCUGUUUACAAUCUGUACAUCUCUGAAGUCAGAAAUAUCAGGCUUCGGCUGGAGACUUGUGAGGAACGGUUAAUCCGACAGAUCCGGACCCCAAUGGAAAGAGAUGACCUACAUGAAAGUGUCUUUAGGAUUUCAGAGCAAGAGAAGCUGAAGAAGGAGCUGGAUCGACUGAAGGAUGACCUGGGAGUCAUCACAGAUAAAUGCGAAGAGUUUUUCAGUCAGGCUGCUGGUUCACCUUCAGUUCCCACUCUGCGCUCUGAACUCAGCGUUGUUAUUCAGAAUAUGAACCAAGUUUAUUCCAUGUCUUCCAUUUACAUAGAUAAAUUAAAAACUGUAAAUUUGGUGCUGAAGAAUACUCAAGGAGCAGAAUCAUUAGUAAAACUUUAUGAAACUAAGUUAUGUGAAGAAGAGGCAGUAACUGCUGACAAAACCAAUAUUGAAAAUCUUAUGGGUACAUUAAAGCAAUGGAGAUCGGAAGUAGAUGAGAAAAGAGAAGUGUUCCAUGCCUUAGAGGAUGAGCUGCAGAAGGCAAAGAUGAUCAGCGAUCAAAUGUUUAAAAUGCACAAGGAACGUGAUCUUGAUUUUGACUGGCAUAAAGAAAAAGUUGAUCAGUUAGCCGAGAGGUGGCAAAAUAUUCAUUCUCAAAUUGAAAAUAGGUUACGUGACUUAGAAGGUAUUAAUAAAUCUCUGAAGUACUACAAAGAUACUUACAAUUCAUUGGACACUUGGAUUCAGCAAGUGGAAGAUACUCAGCGGAAGAUUCAAGAAAUCCGUCCUGAAAAUAGCAAAGCAUUGGCUAAACAGCUGAACCAACAUAAGAUGCUGGUUUCUGAGAUUGAAAUGAAACAAAGCAAAAUAGAUGAAUGCCAGAAAUAUGCAGAACAGUACUCAGCUGCUGUGAAGGACUAUGAGUUGCAGACUAUGACUUACAGAGCUAUGGUUGAUUCCCAACAAAAAUCUCCAGUGAAACGACGAAGAAUGCAAAGCUCAUCAGACUUCAUUAUUCAAGAGUUCAUGGAUUUACGAACUCGUUAUACUGCCUUAGUGACUUUGAUGACACAGUACAUCAAGUUUGCAGGUGACUCUCUGAAAAGACUGGAAGAGGAAGAGAUUUUAAGGAAUAAGGAAGCAUCAGUGCGUGAGGCAUAUUCAGAUCUAAUGGCACAGAAAAAUAGCACAACUGAUGAGAACAGAAAACUCAUGGGAAAGGUAAAAGCACUUGAGGAGAUGCUGGAGAAUGUGAAGAAACAAAAAAUCCAAGUGGAACAGGAGCUCCCUAAACUGAGGGAAGCUGCAGAAAAUGAACGGAAGAAGCAGCAAAAGGAUAUGGAAGAGAUCUGUCUUCAAAAGACCAAGGCUGAGCAAGAAGCAAAACAGUGUCGUAUGGAUCUAGAGAACGUUGAGAAAGAGAAAGCAGAUGCAAAGCAGGAGUUGGAGUGUGUAAGGCAGCUCAUUUUUCAGGCAGAGACACAAAGAAAUAUAUUGGAAGAAAAUCUUCGAGCUUUUCGAAAUCAAAUAGAAGAAAGCACCUUGACCAGAAGAAGUCUUGAAGAACAUCUAAGAAGAAAAGAUACUAAUCUUCAUGAUUUAGAGCAGCAAAAAAAAACCCUCAUGCAGGAGCUGAAGCAAAAAACAGAAGGAGAAGAGAAACUUAUGAAACUGAUAAAGCAAAUGGAGGAAGAUCUUGAAUUUAAAGGGUAUCUAUCAGAAAUAAAGCUGCAAGAAAAAGAGAAGACUGAAACCAGAAGGAAAGUUGUUGAAGGCAGGUACACUGUGACUAGAGAAACUUCCCUGCCAACUUACACAGCUGGGCAAGGCAGCCAGUGUAGGAUUGAUUCUGAAAUUACAAGUUUCCAGAAGAAACAGGAAGCAAAAAAAGUAGAAGAGCUUAAGCAGAAAGUGGAUGAGCUAAUCCUUGCUAACAAAAAAGCUGAUAAAACCAUAAAAGACCUCAAAUAUGAACUAAAUGAAAUUGAGCUUCAGAAAUCAUCAACAGAAGAAAAGUCUCGUUUAUUAAAAGAAAAAUUAGAUGAAGCCAAUAGUGAACUUAAAUGCCUAAAAAUCAAAUUGGAGGAAAAAGACCAAGUAGAGCAAAGCUAUCUGCAACAGCUGAAAGAACUUGACAAGCAACUACAUAGAGCCACAAGUAAAGCUGAAGAGGUAAUGCAAGAAGCUAUAGAUCUUAAGCAAAUUAAGAUGAACUAUCAAGAGGAACUGAAAUCUGUUCAGCAGGAAAAGAUACAGCUAAAAAGAGAAGUAGAGGAAUUAACUAGAUCACAAGCAAAAACUGAAAUCACUAUCAAACAUUUAAAUUCACAAAUCAGUUCUCUUCAAAAAGAGACACUGGAAGCUGAACACAGAAUGAAGUCAUGCAAGGGAGAAGCAAAUUAUCUUCAAGACCAAUAUAAGAAAAUUCAGGAACAAUUGCUUCAUAAAACAAGAAGAGAAGAAGAAAACCUGCAGGAAAUUCAGAUGCUGAAGAAUGAAUUAACCAAAAGCAAUCAGAUGUCAGAAACAUUGAAACGAAAGAUAGAGGAUCUUAAUAAAUGGAAUACUGAAACAAAAUUACGGAUGAAGCAAAUUCAAUCCGAGUCAGAGAAGAUGACUUUGGAAAAACAAAGUAUUCAGAGGAAAAAUGAUGCAUUAAAAACCCUAGCAGAUGGUUUCAAAGAGCAACUGCGUACAACAAAUGAACAACUUCACAAACAAACAAUAAUGGAACAAGAAUUCAUAUGUAAAAUUAAAAGCCUAGAAGAUGAUCUUGCUAAAACAAAAGACUUAGUUAGUGAAUAUAAACAAAAAUCUGAUAAACAAAAUGCUUCUGCUCUAGCCUCUGACCUGGAGAUUAAAAAUCUAAAUGCCCAAGUGUGUGCUCUAACUGCAGAAAAGAGAGUGAAUGAGCAGAAAGUACAGUUGCAAGAAGUUCAUAUACAAGAGCUAAGUAGUAAAUUAAAAAAAUUACAGGAUGAACUGCAUCAGAAGACUCUGGAUGAACAAAUGGCACGCAAGAAAAUGAUUCUGUUUCAGGAAGAAUCAAUUAAAUUUAAGCACUCGGCAGAGGAAUUUAGGAAAAAAGUAGAAAAAUUACUGGAAUCUCAUAGCAUCACAGAAAAGGACAUUUCUGGCAUAAAAUUAGAGUGUGUUGCUCUUCAACAGGAAAAACAUUUGGCUGAGGAAAGCAUCAUGCUGUACAAGAGACAGAUUGAAGAUCUGCAAGAAAGGCUUAAAAAAUGUCAAGAACAACUACAACAAGGAAAGCAUGCUGAAAUGGACUAUCAUCAGAAGUGCAGGAAGCUUGAGGAGGAGUUGGAAGUGCAGAAGCACUUGGUUGAGGAUGUGAAGCAGAAGAUGGACCUGCAGGUCAAGGAAAGUGAACAUAGGUUUCUUUUGUUUCAGAAUGAAGUUCAACAGAAUUAUAAAAUCAAAGAUUGUGGAUUUAAAGUGAGCUGUGAGAGAAGAGGAAAUGAAUUGAAUUACCUGAAUGACACCCCAUCUAGAGAAUUUGAACAGCAUCCUUCACAUAUAAGACCUUGUUCACCUUUGUUAAGGCAGAAACAAGAGAGAACAAGUUUUAAAUCUGAUCAAAUAGAAGAAAAUACACUGUAUGUGAGUGCUGAUGAUACAAUACCAAGGGAGGUGCAGUUCCAGAUGUCAAGAAUAAAUCAAUCACUAGAAGAUGCAAGACCACAAUCUUUUACAGAGUUUGUUUCUCAAACAAGUACGCAGUUUCAGAUAACCUUUGAUAAAUCAAGUGAAAUCACUGGAAUAUCUGAAAGAGACAAAUUGAGAAACAGGAACCUACACAGUUCCAGACAAACAAGUAGGCCUGGAGAAGACAUGAAACUUGAAUUAGGAUUAGUAAAAGUGCAUCCCUUGGAGAUAGCGAAGAACAAGCAGUAUGACAUGCAUGUUGAAGUUACAACAUUAAAACAAGAGAAUGGCAAGACAUUUGGUAAUGAAGAGAGAAUGUUUGAGGGAUACAAAACAUCUGAAGGGUUUAGGAGAGAAGACUUUGCAAAGAUGAAUUCUUUCUUAGGAGAAGAGAUUUUGAGAACUGUUGAUAUUGCUACUCAGUUGGAAUGUUUUCCAGAAGAAUAUGAUGAUAUUAAAUUUCAAGGUCUUCGACAUGAUGUAACUGCCAGACAGUUGAUUGAAGUUAAACUUCUAGACAGGCUUACUGUUGAGCAUCUCCAUUCAGGGCAGAAAACUAUUGAGGAGGUUCAGAAAAGUCUUGAAAGAUUUUUAACUAAACCUACAGCUAUAGCUGGAGUGUACCUUGAAUCCAGCAAAGAAAUAGUGUCUUUUUCUUUAGCAACAAAGAGAAGAAUCAUAGGGAAGGCAGCGGCAUUAACAUUUUUAGAGGCCCAGGCAGCUACUGGUUUCAUCAUUGAUCCUACAACAGGUCAGAAAUUCUCUGUUGAUGAUUCAGUUGUUAGAGGGCUUGUAGAUAAUGAAUUCAAGAGUAGACUGCAUGAAGCAGAGAAAGCUGUUUUGGGAUAUUGCUGUUCUGGUAAAGUGGUAUCUGUGUACCAAGCUAUGGAAGCUCGACUUCUAGAAAGAAAAAAGGGUAAAAAUAUCCUUGAAGCUCAAAUUGCAACUGGGGGGGUUAUCGACCCCAUAAGAAGUGUUCGUGUACCUCCAGAAACUGCAGUGCAGCUUGGCUUGCUUAAUAAUACGAUUUUGAAAUUUUUGCAUGAACCUUCUAGUAAUGCAAAGUGUUUUCAUAAUCCAAACAACAGGAAAGCUAUGUACUACUGUGAUUUGCUAAAAAUGUGUUUGUUCAGUGUUAGCAGUAAUUGUUUACUGCUUCCAAUUGGUGAAAGGAGAAUAAGCAGCCCAUCAGUAGAGAAAAGUCAUAGAAUUUCUGUAGUAGACAUCAAAACAGGAGCUGAAAUGACUUCCUAUGAGGCUUAUAAAAAAAAAAGUGUUGAUAAAGCUACGUAUCUCGAGCUUUCAAAACAGGAAUUUGAUUGGAAGGAGUCUACAUGUUUUGAUUCAGAUGGGAGUUCUUUUAUUUUGCUUACAGACCAUAAAACUGGUGUGCAGUUUAAUAUUGAGGAUACCAUAAAUCAGGGUAGAAUUGACAGAGCUUUAGUCAAUAAAUACAAAGAGGGCUUAAUCACAGUUAGUGAGUUGGGAGAUAUUUUACUUAGCAGUUCACAACCAAAGAAAGACCUAAACAGUCCUAUUGCAGGAUUUUGGCUUUCUGAAACCAAUGAAAGAAUUCCAGUUUUAAAAGCCUCACGCAGAAAUCUGGUAGAUAGAGUUACAGCCCUCAGAUGUCUUGAAGCUCAGGUUAGCACAGGAGGCAUAAUUGAUCCAUUUACUGGGAAAAAGUACAGUGUUUCAGAAGCUUUGCAAAGGGAAUUAAUUGAUGAUGGUUGUGCCAAGCAGAUUCAGCAAUGUGAACUAAUCUUUACUGGGAUCAUUCACCCUGUAAGGAAUACAGUUAUGUCAGCUGUUGAAGCUAUGAGUACGAAUGCCGUAGACAAGGAAAUGGGUAUGCGCUGCCUGGAGUAUCAGUACCUGACUGGUGGGUUGAUAGAUCCGAAAUCUCAUUCCAGAUUGACAAUGGAAGAUGGGAUUAAGUGUGGUGUUAUUGAUGCUGUCACAGCUACAAAGGUGAAAGAUGAAGAUUUGUAUGUUAAAGUUAUAACAUGCCCCAAAACAAAGAAGAAGCUAACCUACAAAGAAGCUUUAGAGAGUGCUGUUUUUGAUUGCCACACUGGGCUACGAUUGUUAGAAGCAGCUCAGCCCAUGAAAACAGGAAUUUCUAGUCUGUACUAUGCUUCAUAAUAAAGAUGAUAGUACUCAUUUGGGGCCUGAUUUAAAAUUGAUUCAAGUUAAGUAAAAGAUCUACAAUGACUUCUAUGAAAGUUGUAGAUCAUAUUGUCUAAUGUAGUUGCUUUAGAACUAAUUAGUUUAAACAGCUAAUUACACUGGUAACCUGGAAUUAGAUAUUACUUGCUAUAAAGUGUAAAUCUUUAGGUAAAGUAAGGCAAAAGCAGAGUGUGUUCAGGGUGUACCUGAAGGCUUUAUCAGACAUUACCUUCAUGUAGGCAUUAUAAGCUGGAAGUUAUAAAUCAGUGAAGCUAUUGUAUAUGUGAAAUGCAUACAUUUAGGUGAGACGAGUCAGAUUCUUCCAUUAAAAAAUUGAAGAGAUUGCCCAUUUUGUGAGUGAAGACAAUGCAGUAUUUCAUAUAACUCAAUUACUUCAUUUAGUGUUACAAAUCAGUUUGCAAAUGUAAUUUAUUGUACAAGAGUGGCAAGUGGCAACAGUACACAAGAGUUAAAUCUGCAAUUCAGUAAGCUCACAAGUAUUUUUUCUCAUGCUGGUAUUUUAUUAAUUUAAAGGGCUACUCACAUCAUAAAAUUUCAUGUCCUAUUCUUUUUUCCUACACUUCUGGUAACUUAACAGUAUUUUUUCAUACUCUAGUAGGCAAAUUAAUUACAAUUGCAUGUCCAGUUAAAAAAAAAUCAAUUGAAAUAAAAUAUUUUCAUUCUCACUUGUUGCACAUGGAAGGGCUUAGGUGUGUUUUCUAAGUACUACUAAACUUCAAACUACUCACGUCAUGUUACUAUGAAAAAUAUAUGUAUUUUCCUAUGCAGAAAAAGACAAUUUUACUUUUAUUGUCCUUGUUUCUGUAGACAUAGAAGCAAUGUAUUCUUCUGAGCUGUAAUUUAGUAAUCCAUGUCUAUAGAUUGCUGAUACUGAUAUCCUAUGCUGGCUGUAGAUAUCCACUCCUGAGGGUAAUGCAAAGGCAGCAAAUUAAGAGAUGCUUUAGAUGCAAAUGCUGUUUAGAUUUCAUCUGCUGAGUAAUUGCUGAGAAGCUGUGCUUUUUCUUUAUAUCAAUCAUUGUAUAAUGAAUGUACAUGUGUAUGAAUAAGCAUUUCUUGAUUAGAAAUCUUUUGAGGAAUUAUUCUGUUAAUGUCAAUAACAAUAUGGCAUUUUUGUUCCUACAUCAAAGUGUUGCAGUAACGCAUGUGGUAAUAAUAAAAAGAAAUCACUUUAAGGGUAUGUGAUAAUACUGCCA